ACAUUGCCUGGAAACUCACUACGGUCCUAUACUUUAUUCGGCACAUACAUCUGCCUGUAGUAUUGUUUUAUUUUUUUCGGCAUCAGAUCAAAACGAAUAUUAGUUAUACAUCAAAUCUUACCUAAGCUGAUCUGCCUUUCCGAUUCUAUUUUGCCAAAGCCUGGUUGUAGAAGAUUGCUGGCCCCGAAAGCAUCAAAACCAGAACGUUCGGCGAAAGUCAUCGAGUCUUGUACAUUUUGCAGAAAUCGUAUACUCUACUAGCUUCUACUAGCUUUCCAUCAUGAGUGCUCAGCCGAGUCCGCUUAUGAAUCCCCAACAACAACAGCAACAACAGCAGCAGCAACAGCAAAGCGAGCAAGAAAAGGUAAUAGAGGGACUUGGUCUUGGCAUGGUGUCUUGCAAGUACCGACCAAUAACUGGAUCCUUCUUCAUUCCGGCCCAGGUGUACCAAUGGAUAAACGAGUUGGCCCAUCCCGACACUCGUGAGACGGCCCUGCUGGAACUGAGCAAGAAGCGGGAAACCGAUCUGGCUCCCAUGCUGUGGAACAGCUUCGGCACAACCUGUGCCCUUUUGCAGGAGAUCCUCAACAUAUACCCAUCGAUUACGCCGCCGACUCUGACUGCCCACCAGUCGAACCGCGUUUGCAAUGCUCUGGCAUUGCUGCAGUGCGUCGCCUCCCACCCGGAGACUCGCACGGCCUUCCUACAGGCCCAAAUACCGCUCUACCUAUACCCGUUCCUUUCGACUACCUCGAAGACCAGGCCCUUUGAGUAUUUGCGCCUCACCAGCCUGGGCGUCAUUGGAGCUUUGGUUAAGACCGACGAGCAGGAGGUCAUUACUUUCUUGCUAACCACGGAGAUAGUGCCUUUGUGCCUCAGCAUCAUGGACAGUGGUUCGGAACUAAGCAAGACUGUGGCCACUUUUAUUAUCCAGAAGAUACUCCUUGACGAAUCGGGUCUGUCGUACAUCUGCCAGACCUACGAGCGCUUCUCUCACGUGGCCAUCACCUUGGGCAAGAUGGUUAUUCAGCUGUCCAAGGAUCCGUGCGCUCGCCUGCUCAAGCACGUCGUGCGCUGCUAUCUGCGCCUCUCGGACAAUACUCGUGCCCGGAAGGCGCUCGGACAGUGUUUGCCCGAUCAACUGCGGGACGGUACCUUUGCGCUGUGCCUGCAGGACGACAAGUCCACCAAACAGUGGCUACAGAUGCUACUCAAGAACCUGGAACUGGGAGCCACUCCGCAGCAGAUAGGCAUGGCUCCGCUGGGUUCAUAGACCAUAGAAUGUUUGCGAUAUUCUCAAGUAUUGCUUAGGCAUGGGCUCCAUUCGCUAGCUCCUGCACCAAUGUGACUUGCAAGUCCCCCAUCCAUAACUGCCCCCAUGUACUACAUAGUUAACUAAUCGACCGAAUACGGAUAAUAAGAUUGCACGAGGUUGCCUGUGUCUAGCCUAAGCAGAGCUGUAAUAUAAAUAUAACUACCGAUAAAUAAUGUUAUUGAUAAGUUCUUCACUGAUAGCAUAUAAUUUACAAAGUAAAUAAAGAAUUACAAAGAGA